AUAAAUCAAAAUCAAAAUCUCCAAAAUACAAACAGUUAGUCAUAAAAUGAAUGUAUCCUAUAUUUGAAGAAAGCUGACGCAUGGUUUUUGCAUCGAGGAAACGUUUCUUCUUCAUUUAAACACAUUAGUAUUUUGGGGCUCCUUAAUUUGCUCUGGCAACUCGCCGGGUAAGACAUGAAAAACUCUUUCUGGGUAUGCUUUGUUCUACUGAUUUUCUCUUCCGGAUGUGUAGCUCAAUCGAUUGUAGAGUCACUACCUGGCUAUCCCGGAAAGCUUCCAUUCAAACUAGAAACAGGAUAUGUGAGUGUGGGAGAAUUGGAUGAAGUGCAGUUGUUUUAUUACUUUAUCGAGUCGGAAAGAAACCCAGUGAAGGAUCCUUUGUUACUAUGGCUUACUGGGGGCCCUGGUUGUUCUGGUUUCUCCGGUCUUGCAUUUGAAGUGGGUCCACUACUUUAUGAUUAUAAGGCUUUCAAUGGGAGCUUGCCAUCAUUUGUAGAUAAUCAAUACUCAUGGACUCAGAUUGCAAACAUGAUAUUUUUGGAUGCACCGGUGGGCACCGGCUUCUCCUACUCCACAACCCAGAAAGGAUGGCAUUCCUCUGACACACUUUCAACCAAAGCAAUCUACGAAUUUCUAAGGAAGUGGAUCCUGGAACAUCCCAGAUUUAGCAAUAAUCCUCUUUACAUAACCGGUGAUUCCUAUUCCGGCAUGAUCGUUCCCAUGGUCACUUAUGAAAUAGCAAAGGGUAAUAGGGCUAGAAAACAUCCAAUGUUGAAUCUACAGGGUUACACGCUUGGCAACCCAGUAACAGAUUUACACAAUGAUGAGAAUUCAAGAGUUCAAUAUUUUUACCGCGUUGGACUAAUAUCAACUGAACUUUAUGAGUCAGUCAAACGGAGUUGUCAGGGGGAAUAUAUUUCACCAAAUAUUCAAGACCCCCAAUGCUUUAACGAUAUUGCACAAAUAGCAAUGUGCACUAUAAAAGUAAACGACGCACAGAUUUUGGAACCUAAGUGUAGUUUUGCAUCUCCAAAGCCUCAGGGUCUUCAUUGGGGACGCAAAUUUUUCGACGAUCUUCCCAUUGAUAUAGCCUUUGCUUCAAGUAAACGUGAAGAAAAUUGGUUUGACUAUUAUUUCUUACAGAAUUCCAACUAUGUGCUCUCAUAUAUCUGGGCGAACGAUCAAUCUGUGCAACUAGCUCUUCACGUCAGAAACGGAACUAUAAUUGAUUGGAAGAGAUGCAACAAAACGUUGGAUUAUGAUAGUGAUAUCUUGAGCACGGUGUAUUAUCACAGAAUACUAAUGGCAAUGGGCUAUCGAGCUUUGAUAUACAGUGGUGAUCAUGACAUGAUGAUUCCAUACACGGGUACACUUUCUUGGAUCAAAACUCUCAAUUUGAGUACCAUUGAUGGUUGGAGACCAUGGUUCGUUGAGGGUCAAAUUGCUGGAUUCACCAUGAAGCUUUCCGAAGCUGCUACUAUUGGAGACGGUUUGGUUUUUGCAACUGUCAAGGGAGGAGGUCACACAGCUCCAGAGUAUAAGCCUAAGGAAUGUUUUCAAAUGGUUGAUAGGUGGUUAUCUUAUUACUUUCUGUAGCAAUACGUCCAUCAAUUUUCAAAGAUUGCAGUAAUGGAGGUUGUUUUAGAGAGAAUCUAAUUAUAUUUUGUGAGGCAUUUCUCACAAAAUUAUUCAUAUGCCUUCGUAACUAUGUAUUGUAAACAUUACAAUAAUUUUAUAAUUAUUGUAACUCUUGUGGAAGUACUAGAUUACAGAGUAAAUGGUGAGUAAA